UACAAGAACAGAGCAGAACCCUCAUUGAUUCCUACAUUCUCUCUUUCUUUAGUUUCUUCUUCAAUGGCGUCUUCUUCCUUAUUCUUCCGAAUCUUAUCUCUUUACAAUCUGCUCCAUGCAAUCUUACUCUCUCUAGUCCCCAAGAAGCUCAGGUCCUUCUUCCCCACCUCUUGGUUCCACAACCAACAACAGCAGCAACAUAAAUCAUUGCAGCAACCGAAGAAUUCAGAUAGGUUGGAUUCCGAUCAUCUCCGCCGCGUAUUCCAGAUGUUUGACCACAACCAUGACGGCAUGAUCACCAAGGAUGAACUUCGAGACUCGUUGGAGAACAUUGGGAUUUUCCUCACCACUAUAGAUUUCAACCGUAUGUUCGCGGAAAUUGAUUCAGACGGCGACGAAUGCAUUGAUAUUUCCGAGUUCACGAAUCUGUACUGUUCGAUUGUGGUUGAGAGAAAUGAAGAAGAGGAUGAUGGAAAAGACGAACUUGUUCAAGAGGCAUUCGAUGUAUUCGAUCAGAAUGGCGACGGUUUCAUCACAGUCGAUGAAUUGUGGUCGGUUAUGGAUUCUCUAGGGAUGAAACAGUGUCGUCAAGCUGAAGAUUGUCGGAGGAUGAUCGGAAAGGUUGACGUAGAUGGAGAUGGUAGGGUUAAUUUUCUCGAGUUCAAACGGAUGCUCAAGGGUGGUGGAUUUACUGCUUUAAAUUGAAGAAAAUCAUUCGUUGUAAAUAUUUUGUAGAGUUUAUUCGAUUUUCAGAAUUUGUUUUAUAAGGAUGUUUGUCAUAAAUAUAUAUAAAACAAAAACAAACCUAUAGUGGCGUCUCUUUUUCUCGAGACUCCAGCUCGCGAAUACUAUCAGCCACAUCUUGUAUUCUUUUGGAAAAGCUAAGGUUAUGCUCUUCAA